AUGAGAACUGAGUUCCGCGGGAAUGCUACUGUUGAAGGUUCUGAUGGGAAUGAUGCAAUAAGUAAUCAGAGGAAUUGCUUGUCUGAUCAUAAGGAACUAGUUUCUCCUUAUCAGUGUUUAGUGGUGUCUCUCGAAUCUCUCAUCAUGAGACCGCACACCCAAGGUUCCCAAUCUGAAGGGGAUUCUAACAACACAACUAUAUUUGUUGGAGGGCUUGAUUCUGAAAUCAGCGAUGAGGAUCUCAGACAACCGUUUUUGCAAUAUGGCGACGUUGUCUCCGUGAAAAUUCCAAUCGGUAAAGGAUGUGGCUUUGUUCAACUUGCUGACAGAAAGAAUGAUAAAGAUACAAUGCAGGAAUGUGUUUCCGAAUUCAUCAGUUUUAUUACUAGCGAGGCGAGUGAGAAAUGUCAGAAAGAGAAGAGAAAGACCAUUAAUGGAGACGAUUUGUUAUGGGCUAUGGCUACUUUAGGAUUUGAGGACUAUAUAGAACCGCUUAAGGUCUACCUAGCAAGAUGA